UUGACCGGUAGUUUUCGAAGACCUUGCGUAUCUGCUUGCUUGCUUGCUUGCUUGCUUGCUUGCUAGUCAUGGCUAAGUGUGUAUGUGCUGCUUCCUGUUGACCGCCGUGAUCAUGCCAUGUAGGAGUCAGGUUACUACCAAGCCACCAGACACAGGACAAUAACGAGUUUGCCUUAUGCCCAAGCCCAGUAAAUGCAUCUGCAUAACCGCUCCUUGCUUUAGGGAUGUAUGUACCGUCGAAAGGAAUGAGAAAUACGAAACCAACGCAUCCUGUCCUCCCUCCGCAAACGAUAAACCACCUCCAUCAUUCCAUAAACGCAAGCAUCAAACCCCUUCCCCGCCCCCUAUCCCUCCCCCCUUCAACACCAGCUCACUCCACAAGGCUGUCCCUCCCCUCACCUGCACCCUAUCCCAACCACCCCCAAUCCGAAUCCAGCACCUCAGUAUGAGUAACCCCACCCCACCACACCCUUCCCUAACUCAACCUCAACCCGCCCACCAACCCCGCACACCCAUCCUCAAGGAGCGAGCCUCAACGGCAGAGUCGACAUCUGAACCACAGGGAGGCACGGAACCAUGGCCGGGGCAGACGGCGGAGGCGGCGGCGGCUGCUGCUGGGCAACGAACGCAGUCAUCAAGGGGACACAAGCCGGAACCGGGACCGGGACCGAGCAAACGGGAAGCGCGGCGGGGGCGGCAUAGAAUAUUCCAGCGGCUGGAGCAGGCGCGGGAGCGGGCGGCUGUGGCUGUGGCUGCGGCGGCGGCGGCGGAGCGAAGUAUGUCACAUUGUUUUGCGGGAUGACGACCGGCGCUGGGAGGGCGAGAGGGGUUCCGGUUGGUGCCGGCUGCGCCGGGGCGGGGUCGGGGGGAGGUGGGAGGCUGUGGAGAUGAUGGUUCGUUAGCAACGUGCUCGAGAUAUUAGUGCGAGAUGGUGCAAAAGACAGAGGGCAUGGCAGAGGGCGGGUUCUGUCAUGGUUCGGAAUGGGAAGGAGGACGCGGAGGAGGAGGAAAGGUGCCGGAACGCAGAAUUACCCGGCAUAUGUGGUUAACUGGGGCUGGAUUAUGUACCCUGGAGCGGCC